AUGUCUGGCCGAUUCGUGCGCGCGUCGAAAUAUCGACACGUCUUCGGCAAACCCACCCGAAAGGAAUUCUGCUACGAUAAUCUCCACAUCAGUAGGAAUGCUUGGGAUACGAACCUGGUCAACCCUGAGUACCUCUCGGUCAAUUGGGAAUCUGGUGGCGGUGGCGCAUUCGCGGUCAUCCCCCUGAACGAGAAGGGAAAGGUACCCGACGUAAUACCUCUCUUCCGCGGCCAUACCGCUGUUGUGUUGGACACAGACUGGCACCCAUUCAACGACCGCAUCAUCGCAUCUGGCUCCGACGAUGGCAAGAUCUUCAUAUGGGAGGUCCCCAGGGACUUCACCCUCUUCACCGACGCUGAGGAGCCCGCAGACGUGAAACCAGUGAGCAAGCUGGCUGGGCAUUCCAGGAAAGUCGGCCAGGUCCUCUUCAACCCCGCCGCCGAGAACAUCCUCGCCUCGGCAUCUGGUGACUUCACCAUCAAGCUGUGGGACAUCAGCACCGGCCAGUCCCCGCUGGCGCUGAAACACAAUGACAUCGUCCAAUCACUAUCAUGGAACGCGAGCGGAAACAUGUUGGUCACGACCUCGAGAGACAAGAAGCUGCGCGUGUGGGAUGUCCGCCAGGAGAAGCCGGCGCAUGUUGGGCCUGGCCACGAGGGCGCAAAGAACAGCCGCGCCGUAUGGAUGGGCGAGCACAACCGUAUCGCGACAACGGGUUUCUCCCGCAUGAGCGACAGGCAGCUUGCGCUGUGGGAGCCCGGCAGCGAUAAGCCCAUUGGGGGCUUCAACAACUUGGACUCGAUUUCUGGUGUCUGCAUGCCUUUCUGGGAUGAUAGCACCAACUGUCUGUACCUUGCCGGCAAGGGCGACGGCAACAUUCGAUACUUCGAGUACGAGAACGACAAGUUCGAGUUCCUGUCCGAGUACAAGUCGGCAGACCCACAACGAGGCAUUGCCUUCCUACCCAAGCGCGGUGUCAACCUGCACGAGAACGAGGUCAUGCGCGCUUACAAGACCGUCAACGAUCUCUACAUCGAGCCCAUUUCCUUCACUGUCCCCCGUCGCGCUGAGACCUUCCAAGGCGACAUCUUUCCUCCAUGUGUGGGAAAUAGGCCAGCCAUGUCCGCCUCGGAGUGGCUUUCUGGCAAGACCGCGCUCCCACCAAAGAUCGACCUCGAGAGUAAGUACGAGGGCAAUGACAUUAAAGAGGUGGCCUCCGACUACAAGCCCCCAGCGGCUGCGCCAGCACCCACCCCGGCCCCGGCCGCCAAGCCUGCGCCGAAGCCCGAGCCUGAACCCACCACGACGCGUGCAGCGCCGCCAUCUGUGGCCCAGCAGAAGGGAUCCAUGGCUGCAGCAGCGUCCAAGUUCCAGGACGAUGAAGAUGACAAGGAGGAUGAGGCCGAGACGUCCAGCUUCGAGGAGAUCCAGAAGCCAGUAUCAAGAGCUGCCCUGCCGGUCCGGUCAGAACCCAAGCCGCAGUCACCAGUAAAGAGCAGCGAGCCGGCACCACAGGCCAAGGUCCCCUCCCCCAUCAAGUCUCAAGCUGGCCCCACAUCCUCGGCGCGGAGCGCCCAGCCGUCCCCCGCGCUCUCGCAGUCCGGGUCAGGCUCUGUGGAGGCGUCGCUGGAGCAGAUCAAGCAGCUCAUCGAGGCGCAGACCAAGGUCAUCACAGCGCAGGGUGACAAGAUCACGGCGCAGGGCGAGGCCAUGGCCCACCUAACGGGCGAGGUCGAGACGCUCAAGAAGAGGGUCGUGUCCGGGUCGCAGGACCAGAGUGAGAGGAUUCGGCAGCUCGAGCUGGAGCUUGAGGAGGCACGGUCGUGA